AAUAUGUUUAGAAUUAGAAUCGGAUUUGUACUGAAGAUGGCUUCCUAAAAUAAACAACUGCAAUGAAUAUCCAGGUCUUUCCUUCUUAAAUAUAAAACAUGGUGUCAGAAGAUGAAUCUGAAAAUGAAGAAGAACGCCAUGCCAAAGACGUAGCAAUAAUUGGGUCGAUUAAACCGCUAAAAAUCGACAGUCAAGUGCCAGAAAAAUGGAGAAUAUGGAAACAGAAAUUCGAAAUUUAUACUGAAGCAAACAAACUCGACGACUUCCCGGAAAAUAGAAAAGUAGCCAUAUUACUGAAUUUACUUGGAGACGAAGGCCUCACAAUAUUUAACUCUUUCUCCAUAGACAGAAAAACAGCCACUCUAAAAGAAGUUAUAGAAAAAUUCGACGCCAAAUUCAAUCCACUGAAAAACCUAACCGUGGAAAGGUAUAACUUCUUUUCUAGACAACAAAAUUCCGACGAAGAUUUCGAAGAGUAUGUCACUGUAAUAACUAACCUGAGUAACUAUUGCGAAUUUGGCACAUUAAAAGAGAGUCUCAUAAAAGACAAAUUUGUCAUCGGCAUAUCAGAUAAAAAAGUAAAACAAAGACUACUACAAGAAGACAACUUGACAAUCGAAAAAUGUCUCAAAAUUGCAAAAAGCAUGAAAUUGUCACAGGAACGAUCAUCUAAAAUAAACAAUAAUGAAAAUCAAACAGUUGAUUCAGUUUCAAAAUCAUACCGUCAGCAGCAUCGUCGUAAUAGCUCAACUGGAAGAAGCAUGUCACAGUCUCGAAGAACGUCAACGUCAAACGGAAACAACCACUACCGUCGUGAAAACAGAAGUCCCAGCAAUAACUACCGUCGUGAAAACAGAAGUCCCAGCAACACGCGUACGAGCACAUGCACACGCUGUGGGCAGAUACAUCGUUUUAGGUGUCCAGCUAAAGGAGUCACUUGCAGGAUUUGUAAGCGUAGUAACCACUACGAAAAGUGCUGUUUCUUCAACAAGAAUGUCAACAUGGUAACAAAAUACCCAUUGUUGGAGGAUGCUACUUAAAAUGCACAUUUUCCAACAAUGAGACGGCAACGGUCUAUUUUGUGGUAGCAGAUAUUGUAAGUCGAACCAUUAUUGGACAACAAACCAUUGAUGAAUUUGGGAUAGUCAAAAGGGUAUUAAACAUUGAAGAACAAAAGAUCAGUCAAAAUCCUAAAAAGUCGUGUCUAAAAUCUUCAAAGUCAAGGUCAGUACCCAAUGUCGUUGAUAAAUAUCCAAAUUUAUUUGAAGGUCUAGGUUGUCUACCAGUAAAAGCUCAUUUGGAUGUGGAUCCUAGUGUCAAACCUAAGAUUAGUGCCACUAGAAGAAUACCUUUUGCUUUGCAAACGCGUCUAAAAGAAGAAUUAAAUAAAAUGGAAAAAUUAAAUGUCAUUGAAAAAAUUGAAAAGCCCACUGAUUGGGUCAACUCUAUUGUCGUAGUCGAAAAAGCAAAUGGUACCCUUCGUGUAUGUUUAGAUCCACGUAGCUUGAAUGAAGCUAUAAAAAGACCUCACUAUACGUUUCCUACUUUUAACGAUUUGCGAUCAAAUAUAGCUGGUGCAACAGUUUUCAGCAAGUUAGAUGCUAGCUCAGGAUUCUGGACGAUACCUUUAGACGAGGAAAGUAGCGAUUUAUGCACAUUCAAUACCCCAUUUGGCAGGUACAAAUUCCUUCGUUUACCUU